CCUUGCUUUAAGAGCGCCGUCUGUCACGUCAUUUUCAUGCGACCUCAUCUUUGUCAGUGCACAAAAUGGCGCCUUACAGCCUACUGGUCACCCGGCUGCAGAAGGCCCUGGGUGUGCGGCAGUACCAUGUGGCCUCUGUCCUGUGCCAGCGGGCCAAGGUGGCCAUGAGCCAUUUUGAGCCCAGUGAGUACAUCCGAUAUGACCUGCUAGAGAAGAACAUUAACAUUGUCCGUAAACGGUUGAACCGGCCUCUUACUCUCUCAGAGAAGAUUGUGUAUGGACACCUGGAUGACCCAGCCAACCAGGAGAUCGAGCGGGGAAAGACAUACCUGCGUUUGCGGCCCGACCGGGUGGCCAUGCAGGAUGCAACAGCCCAGAUGGCUAUGCUCCAGUUCAUUAGCAGUGGGCUGCCCAAGGUGGCAGUGCCAUCAACCAUCCACUGUGAUCAUCUGAUUGAGGCCCAGCUCGGGGGUGAGAAAGACCUGCGCAGGGCCAAGGACAUAAAUCAGGAAGUGUAUAAUUUCCUGGCAACUGCAGGUGCCAAGUAUGGCGUGGGCUUCUGGAGGCCUGGAUCUGGAAUCAUUCACCAGAUCAUUCUAGAAAACUAUGCAUACCCUGGAGUUCUUCUGAUUGGCACUGACUCCCACACCCCCAAUGGUGGUGGCCUGGGAGGCAUCUGCAUUGGAGUAGGGGGUGCUGAUGCUGUGGAUGUCAUGGCUGGAAUCCCCUGGGAGCUGAAGUGUCCUAAGGUGAUUGGUGUGAAGCUGACAGGCACUCUCUCUGGUUGGACCUCACCCAAAGAUGUGAUCCUGAAAGUGGCAGGUAUCCUCACGGUGAAAGGCGGCACAGGAGCUAUUGUGGAAUACCAUGGACCUGGUGUCGACUCUAUCUCGUGCACUGGUAUGGCAACAAUCUGCAACAUGGGUGCAGAAAUUGGGGCCACUACAUCAGUGUUCCCAUACAACCACAGGAUGAAAAAGUACCUGAGCAAGACAGGCCGAGCAGACAUUGCCAAUCUAGCAGAAGAAUUCAAGGAUCACUUAGUGCCUGACCCUGGCUGCCAGUAUGACCAAGUGAUUGAAAUUAACCUCAAUGAGCUAAAGCCACAUAUCAAUGGGCCCUUCACCCCUGACUUGGCCCACCCAGUGGCAGACGUGGGUACCGUGGCAGAGAAGGAAGGCUGGCCUCUGGACAUCAGAGUAGGUUUGAUUGGCAGCUGCACCAAUUCAAGCUAUGAGGACAUGGGACGAUCAGCAGCUGUGGCUAAGCAAGCACUGGCCCAUGGACUCAAGUGCAAGUCCCAGUUCACCAUCACCCCAGGCUCUGAGCAGAUCCGUGCCACUAUUGAGAGGGAUGGCUAUGCACAGAUCCUGAGAGAUGUGGGUGGAGUCGUUUUGGCCAAUGCCUGUGGCCCCUGCAUCGGCCAGUGGGACAGAAAAGACAUCAAGAAGGGAGAGAAGAACACAAUCGUCACCUCCUACAAUAGGAACUUCACAGGCCGAAAUGAUGCAAACCCUGAGACCCAUGCCUUUGUCACAUCCCCAGAGAUUGUCACAGCCAUGGCCAUUGCGGGAACCCUUAAGUUCAACCCAGAAACCGACUUCCUGACAGGCAAGGACGGCAAGAAGUUCAAGCUGGAGGCUCCAGAUGCAGACGAGCUUCCCCGGGCGGACUUUGAUCCAGGGCAGGACACAUACCAGCACCCCCCUAAGGACAGCAGUAGCCAGCGGGUGGAUGUGAGCCCUACCAGCCAGCGCCUGCAGCUCCUGGAGCCUUUCGACAAGUGGGAUGGCAAAGACCUAGAGGACCUGCAAAUCCUCAUCAAGGUCAAAGGGAAGUGUACCACAGACCACAUUUCUGCUGCCGGUCCCUGGCUCAAGUUCCGUGGGCACCUGGAUAACAUCUCUAACAACCUGCUCAUCGGUGCCAUCAACAUCGAAAAUGGCAAAGCCAACUCUGUGCGCAAUGCUGUCACCCAGGAGUUUGGCCCUGUGCCUGACACUGCUCGCUACUACAAGAAACAUGGCAUCAGGUGGGUGGUGAUUGGAGAUGAGAACUAUGGUGAAGGCUCCAGCCGGGAGCACGCAGCCCUAGAGCCUCGCCACCUGGGGGGCCGGGCUAUCAUCACCAAGAGCUUCGCCAGGAUCCACGAAACCAAUCUAAAGAAGCAAGGCUUGCUGCCCCUCACCUUCGCUGACCCCUCUGACUACAACAAGAUUCAUCCAGUGGACAAGCUGACCAUUCAAGGCCUGAAGGACUUUGCCCCUGGCAAGCCUCUGAAGUGCAUCAUCAAGCACCCCAACGGGACCCAGGAGAGCAUCCUCCUGAACCACACUUUCAACGAGACGCAGAUUGAGUGGUUCCGUGCGGGCAGUGCCCUCAACAGGAUGAAGGAGCUGCAGCAGUGAGGGGAGAGCCAGGCUGGCUGGCCCGCCCCACUCUGACCCUGCUGGGUGUCAGAAGUACAGGUCCAUAGCAUCAUCAGAGCCUAAUCCGGUCUGUCCAGCAUGACCAACGCUCUAAGAUGGUGACCAGACCUGUUUCCUGCCGCAUCCUAGCCCACUGUGUGAACCAUGGAGGGCACUUAAGAUAAUGUCCCAGCCCCGCCUUCCUAUUCAGUUUGGUUUGUCUUUGAGCAACCCAUGCAACUGUAUUUAUUUUUGAUGACAGCACUCCCUCUACAGAAGUUUUUAUUCUGUCUGAUCAUUUCACUGGCGGCUGAAGGAUUUUAGAGAAACUUGUUCUUAUAAGAAAAAAAAAAAGAUCCAAAUCUAUUGAAUGUUC